CUUGACUCUGGUUUCCCAUUUAUAACCCGAAAUAGGUCAGCCAUUACUGGAUUGCCGCCGUAGGCGGCUUGUUUCGCGCCUCCCCGCGCUUAUUACAACCGCCGUCAGUUUUAGUGGCGACGCUGUACAUACAUGUUUCCUUAGAACGUUUCGACUCGAGGCUACGCUAUUUGCUGGCGUGUACCGGCCGACUCCAUAUCAUCUAGCCUUCGUCGCGAAACCUCAACUACGCUUGUAACGGCUCGAGUCGUGACUGGCGCCCGUCGGCAUUCCCAAUGCUUCAGGUGUUGAAGCGCGUGGGCUCCAGCAGAGUGCGCCUGGGGCUGCUAUCCGUCAUGGUGGGAUGGGUGCUUGGCUACCUUGCCGUCGCCAUCAUCGCCAACAACAGGAGAUCGACCCCCUACGGCACUGACGAUGGGGUGGGGGAUGAGCUGGCAGGCAUUGCCAUCCGGCCCCGCCCUCCUGGUUUCAUGAGCGACCCCAUGGAUUACCCCAAGCCCAAAGUGUUUUUCGACAUAGACAUCGACGGGCAGAGGGCGGGCAGGAUUGUCUUUGAGCUCUUCACCAAGCAGGCCCCCCGGGCAGCUGAAAACUUUCGGGCGCUGUGCACUGGGGAGAAGGGCCGGGUGCCCAACGAGCCGGGGAGGGAGGGGGCGGGGUUGCCCCUGCAUUAUAAAGGGGCGGAGUUUUACCGAGUCAUUGACAGGUUUAUCUGUCAGACUGGAAUCAAUACCGAGAGCAUCUAUGGGGGCAGCUUCAAGGAUGAUCCUCUCGCUCUGCUGCUGAAACAUAACAAGAAAGGUUUGCUAUCAGCAGCUAACAUUGGCCCAGACACAACAACCACGCAUUUCUCUAUUGUCGUGGCUCCUGCGCCGCAUCUAGACGGACACUACCCCAUCUUUGGUCAAGUGGUGUCCGGUUGGGAAGUAGUAGAGAGAAUAAACAAGCUCGCGAAGCCUCAAGGUUCAGGGGAUGAGCGUCCCCGUCUACCAGUGGUGAUUGCUGACUGCGGAGAGAUCAAAUAAAAAUGGGAACUCAAAUGUAGCAUAACGAAAUGAUUUGCAAAUUUGUCUAACCUAGUAGUAGGGGUGAUGCUUGCGUGUACGCGCUAAUGUACGCUUAGUAGUCUUGCUGGGCUUUUCUUCACCGCCGUG